AUUCAGAAAAUCUAUUUAGUUAAAAAUAUGUGCUAUUUAUAACAAUUUCCAAAAGUGGUAGGGCCGAGAAACCCAAGCUAGCGACGUGUCUAAUGGCGCUGACGGGAGGAUUUCGCGCGCGAUUGUGACGGAUUCGUGGCAUUUUUUACACCAGCUGAUUCAUUCUUUUGCGCGUUUUAAUGCCUUUUGACCAUUAAAUACACACUGUACUAAACAUAAAACGAAUAAAUAAUUAUAUUUUGCUUCUUAAACCACCUUAAAACACCCCUCGAAAAAUUGCCUCCCGCCAAUCUGCAGGGGGCAUGCUUCGUACAUUUUACUCAAAAUACUGUGACUUUACGUUAAAUCUAGUCCAACUGAUCGAUUUAGUGCCUCGAGAAACCUUUUCUGUUCAAUAUAAUUCGUAGGUCUCCGAGAAAUAUGGCCUAAAUCACGGUUGUCAAUUGACAUAACCCUAUUUGCGGUUUCAACAUGACAUGCGACAGUGGAAGCCUGCACCGGCGGAUCUGUACGCGUGAAUAUGGCGCAAGCAGGUUCCUCCUGUGAAGCCAGUGAUAAUCGUGCCAACUUGAAACGUAAGAGAAAUUCUACAGAUGACGAGGAGGAGAACAUCCCACCUAAGAAAGUGGCAGCCAAGGUGGAAGAGGAAUUGAAUUACCAAACCACACUCAAUGUAGUUGUGGAGUCAUCUUCCUGCUCGAGUGAUGAAGAAGGCUCUGAACAGCCCAGUGUGUUCACAGACUUAGAUUAUAAUCCAGACAGUUUUUUAAGCCCACCAAGUAUACCAGAAUUACCAAACUGUGUCCUGAGUCCUUUAGAAAAUGUGGCGAAAGGAGAGUGUACACCACAUUCUAAUAAGAGGCCCAGUUCUAGUAAACCCCGUUGCCCUUCACCUCCAAAGCGCAAGUGCCCUCUACCAGGGUUAUCCUGGGCCGACCCCACAGAUGUAUGGAGAGGCAUGUGUGAAGCUGACGCCAGAUCCAGUUUGAAGAAGAACCCCUAUAUGUUUGAAAAUCAUCCCAAUCUCCAGCUGAGGAUGAGAGCUAUUUUACUGGACUGGCUGAAUGAGGUGUGUGAAGUAUACAAGCUGCACCGGGAGACGUUCCACCUGACGGUGGACUACGUGGACCGGUACCUGACCAACACCGACGACGUGCAUAAGGGCCGCCUGCAGCUCGUCGGUAUAACAUGCCUGUUCAUCGCGGCCAAGACGGAGGAGGUGUACCCGCCGAAGUUGAGCGAGUUCGCGUACGUGACGGACGGCGCCUGCACCGCGGAGGAGAUCCUGCUGGAGGAGCUGCUGAUCCUGAAGCUGCUGUCGUGGAGCAUCACGCCCAUCACCAUCAACAGCUGGCUCAACAUCUACAUGCAGCUGGCGAGCGAAGGUCGGAGCGCGAAGCGGCGGCUGCUGGGCGAGAGCGACGUGGGCGCGAACGCGCUGCGCGGCUACACGUUCGUGUUCCCGCAGUACUCGUCGCUGGAGUUCGCGGAGUGCGGCCAGCUCGUGGACCUGGCCGUGCUGCACGUGGACGUGAACCGCUUCCCGGCCAGCGCCGUGGCCGCCGCCGCCAUGGCGCACUCCUUCGGCAAGGAGCUGGCGCUGCGCGCGUCGGGCUACAGCUGGCAGGCGCUGCGGCCGGCGCACGCGUGGCUGGCGCCCUUCGCGGGCGUGCUGCGCGCGGCGGGCGGCGUGCGUGCGCUGCGCGGCGGCGACGAGCACGUGCACUGCGGCGCCGGCCUGCGCCUCAUCUGCCCCGACCUCAACGUGGACGAGAGCCACUGCAUACAGGCGCACAACGUGUCGCUCGACAUGUUCGACCAAGUGUACCAGCUAUUGCUGGAACAGACGCAGGAGUCCCAGGAUGCCUCGCAGACCUCUGACCACAUCUACCCGCCCACGCCUCCGCAAUCCGACCAGAAGAGCCCCACCGCGCCCACGACCACGCCGUCCACCAGGCACGUUUCACCGCCGCCCAUCAUCGAGUGAACUGGUACAUAUACAUUCUGGUACCUACAAUAGUUAGUGUGGCAACAUUGGUAUUAACCAUGUGGAGUGACGUCAUUAUUGACUUUAGCACUAUAAGUGAGAGAAGAUACCUAAGUAAUGCGUCCUACGUUAUAGUACAAGAUUGUAGAGUUUCGUCACCACUCGUCGUCAAGUGAACUGGUACAUACAAUGUCAUGACCAACAAUGUCUCGUACAUCAAAAGUGGUGAUGGGUUUCAAUGUGUUAGUGUAGUGUUGGUACACUUUACUGUCGACUUUGUAUGUUAGUGUCGUAAUGUUGGUACACUUAAAACUGGUACAUUAUUUUGGUACCAAAGAUGUCGUUUACGUCAAAUGUGAUGUAAGAACUUUCAAUGUGCUAGUGUUGUGUUGGUACACUUACUGUCGACUUUGUAUGUUAGUGUCGUAAAGUUGGUAGACAAUGAACUGGUACAUUCAGUAACAUUAUACUUGUACCAACGAUACGUACGUCAAAUGUGAUGUAAGAACAUUCAAUGUAUUAGUGUGGUAAUGUUGGUACACUUUACUUUCGUAAAGUUGAUAGACAAUGAACUGGUACAUUCAGUACCAUUAUUCUGGUACCAACGAUGUUGCGUACGUCAAAUGUGAUGUAAGACCUUCCAAUAUGUUAUGUCAUCUUGUCGAUUACUAUCGCCACAGCAUAUAUUAAAGAUCCGUGGUAACCUAUAAUCUGGCAGCUCAGAGAUUGCGUUUCUGGCAGCUCGUGAUUGAAUGGGCGAUGUAACUUCGAACAGUCUUUGUAGUGAUGAGACAAAAUCACGAGGCAAUUGUAAUUAGAUAUGUUUGUCCCAUUCAAUCACGACCUGUCAAAAACGCAAUCUCUGAGAGGCCGGACUUUAGCGUCCUACAUCAAAGUUCACGACUGUAGAGGUUGAUCUUGAUAUAAGGACCUCAGACUUGAGGAAGUUAGAUGAAAAUCUGUUAGGAUAAUGUGCUACAGAUGUUCCCAUUACCAGUGGACUGCUCAUGGCAGAGUGUAAAUAUAAAACAUAAUAAGUUGUUACUUGUUUAGUUUAUGGUUUGUACAGACAGUCUAACCAAAUUGGAGGUAAUGAUUUUAAAAAUAAAACAGAGUUUAUAACAUGGAAAUUCCUUUACAAAAACAGCGCAAAAACUUCACAAAUAUAGCAACAUUCAUAAUGGUGUGACUAAAUGAAAAGAAUUCAUCUUUUUACAUUAAUCUGGACUUUGCUAUCAUUCGCACGAGAGCUUUUUUAACGGACGUUAAAAAAGCGUUCAAUUACAAC